ACGAGCGAGUCGGUCAGACAACGGUCCAGCCGUAAUCACAGCUGCACAAAGAUUGACUUCCUACAAAGAUAGAAUCUAGACGAACAACAUUUAUCGCUUAGCAUCAUACAGGGACAUUGGAACUGAGAUCGGCUUCCACAAAAUAAUUGGAAGGAAGCAACUGAGUAAACGGAGACAUGACGAGUACGCUCGCGCUUCUUCUACUCUGUUGCGUGACGGGGCAGGGUUUCGCCGCCGGUGGCCACGGUAGCCAUGGCGGACAAGGCGGUUACGGCUACGCACCCUCGUACUACUACGGCUACCUACACAAGCACACAACGACGACGCACAGUCCGUACGUCUACUUCAAGCGUCACACGAUACCGUACGAGGAUCUAUACGAAAGCACGUACACGGAUCACUUCGUGUUCCACACACCCAGCCCUUGCUACGGCUACGACUGCGGGCAGAGUAAGGGAGGGGGCUACGGGGGCGACCACGGAAGCGGCCAUGGUGGUGGCGACGGUGGUCAUAACGAAGGCGGCUACGGAGGCGAGGACGGAAGCUACGGCGGCGGUGGCUAUGGCCGCGGUGGCUAUGGCCGCGGUGGCCACGGCGGCGGUGACUACGGCGGCGGUGGCGAUGGCGGCGGUGGCCACGGCGGCGGUGGCUAUGGCGGUGGUGGCUACGGCGGCGGUGACAGCGGCGGUGACUACGGCGGCGGUGGCGGUGGUGACUACGGCGGCGGUGGCGGCGGCAACAGUGGCUACGGCGGCAGCGACAUCGGCCAAAGUGACUACAGUAGUUACGGUAACGACGGUUACGGCAGCAGCGGUUACGGUAGCAGCGGUUACGGCAGCAACGGCGGUGGCGACUACGGUAACAGCGGUUACGGUAGCAGCGGUUACGGCAGCAACGGCGGUGGCGCCUACGGUAACAGCGGUUACGGUAGCAGCGGUUACGGCAGCCAGAACAUCGGCCAUGAAAUCCAGGGCGGUAAUGUUGUCGACAACAGCCAAAAGGGACAGCGGUCGAGCAGCUACGGAAAUGAGGUCGUAGAUAUAAAAACAAAAUGCGAUAGCGACGCCAAAACAUUCACGGUGGAGCUGACAUUUAAGCAGAGCUUCUACGGCAAGGUGUUCGCUAAGGGCUACUACGGUAUAUACAUGUGCUCAGUGCAAGGAGACGGAUCCUACCACAUCAGCUUUACACUACCCCUGGACGGAUGCGGAACACAGGAGAGCGUCGAUGUUAAGAAGGGUGGCUACGAGUCGAGCUAUUCGCAGACAUACAGCUAUCAUAACACAUUAGUUGUGAUGGAGAAUGGAGGAUAUGGAGUACUAGAGUCAUCCGACAGAGCAUACGCCAUCUUCUGUUCAAUCGAAGAUCAAGCAAAGCCCCAGCCAACCCAGCAGACACAUAGCGGCAGACGCGGUGGCUAUGGUAACCAGGACGCUCAACCAAUUCGCGCCACGAAGGAGGAAAUGCCGAACGUCUAUUUGAAGGUCGUAGACGGUCACGACCCGUCUGGUUCACCGACGACGGGCCUAGUCGUGGGCCAGUACGCGUCGCUAAUCGUUUACUACAAACCAUCGUACGAGCAUGACGUGUCAGUAACCAACUGUUUCGCUCACGACGGCACGGGUUACUACAAGGUGCUUCUCAUCGACGCUGAUGGGUGUUCGACAAACAAGGACUUCAUUAGUGAGCUGCAGCAAAGCGAAAGUGGUUACAACGCGGAGAAGAAUAUCUACACUACGUUCAAGGCUUUCAAGUUCCCCGAUCGCUACAACGUAUACUUUCAGUGUAGCAUUGAAGUCUGCUCAGGACAGUGCUCGACGAAGCAGUCGUGCCGCAACGAUGUCUACGGGAGCAGCAAUGACGGUUACAGUCAAAAUAAUCGGCUUAAGAGAUCCGUGUCGGGUAACAGCUCGGUCACUGUGGAGCCACCAGUAAUCAAUGCCACCAGUACAGCAGCGAGCGCCACUAACUCAUCGACAGUUGACCAGAGAGAGCUGUUUAGGGCACUGACGGUGAUACUUCCUGGCGAGGAGCCUCUAUCUGACAGUUUCGAACUCGGCAGGCGGUUUGCUACUCAGCAGGGCAUGUGCAUUACGAGGGCUGGCUUCGCAUGGGGCAUGGCGAUCAUGGGCGGCAUCUUACUCGUGUCUGCGCUGCUCUGCCUCACCAUGUACAUGCGCGCACGCAGAACCACGGAGACGGACGCCGUCGACGACAUCAUGAUGGAGAAGCAAAAAGCCUCUGAGAAGCUCUAACAGCUCAUCCCACCUCCACUCUACCAAGCCUACCGUACUACUUACACCCUAUAUCCCCACCACACCCCCGUCAGCGCUGCUCAAACGAACUGAAAUUAGCGAAGCUAUUAGUAUAUAUAUAUAUGUAUAUAUAUAUAUAUAAUAUAUAUAUAUAUAUAUAAUUAUAUUAAGAGCCUAUUCGCACUGUUUAACAUAACGUGAACAGUUAGACGCCAUGACGCCUGUAGCCGAAAUCACAUUAGAGACGGGCUUCGGACUUUAGAGUCCGAGUCGGAGUUUAUGCCAUGCGAAACGUUAUUCGGUUUUUAUUACGGUAGUAGACGCGUGCAUUUGUUCGCUUGUCGAAAUAGCUCUCAAUAUAGUUCGAGUACUCAUACAUGGCAAGGUUCUUUAACUGUACUAUGAACUCUAAACUCCAGUUACCUCUCCCACCGAUAGAGAUAGAGAAAGAGAGAGGGAGAAACAUUAACGACAUGAUAUUUAAAUCCGCCCAUAUUUUUAAUAUACAAGUUUUUAUUCAUCGAGAAGAAUUACGAUUAAGAAGAUGCGCGCCUUGCAAGUCGCGUUGUACGUGUAGCGUGAUAUAUAUAUAUAUAUAUAUAUAUAUAUACACACACACACAUUUAUAUAUACGUGU